CCAGAGGCUCCAUCUCGGGUUAAAAACUGUUUUAGUUGUACUACAUGUUGGUGGAACGUGCACUUAGAGUUUCAGUACUGAGUACACCAACGGAACUGUACGAACUAAACGGAUUGAUAUCAAUACUACGGUUGUUCUUUCGUUGCGCGUUCUACCAACUUGCAAAUUUUCGCAAUGAAUGUUGGUCAGUUAAUUUUGCUGCUGUUUCUUCAACUCUUCUUUGUCUUCGGGAUAAGCGACAGUGCACCAAACUCAUCUACCCAUGUUGACGAUGAUACAAAGUUUGUAUUAGAUUUGGUGAGAGGUGGGGUACCAGUAGGGAUCAUCCAACUUUUUCUGCCCUCGGACUCCGAAGGCGACGCUGGACCUUGCUUGCGUGAGAAGUUGGACGGCGAUAUUGCCGGAACGUGUAAAUUUGUAAAAGCAUUUGCAAAAGACUAUGCAUCUAACACAAAAAACAAUUGGAGCUCGUGCAGCAAGGAGGAUUAUGUUUGUAAUGCAAUUUAUCGAGCAGCAACUUCCAAUAACACACAAAAUUUUAAUUGUUCAUUAUGGCAACAGAAAUCGAUUCGAAAUAGAAUGACUGAAAAAAUGAGUCUAAAUGACAAAGUGGAAUUAACAGACAAAUUGAAGACUAGUCGACAUCAAGGGCUCUUUCUUGGAACGGUUAGUUCAAAGGAAUGCAGUAAGAAAUGCUCAGAUGAGUGGCAACCUGUUUGCAGUGUGUCAGCCUUGCUUUUGGAUUUUUUGCCAAAGGUACCACCUAACUGUUCUGAACCAACUAAUGUGCCAUGUAACUGUUCUGAAACAAGUAAUACUGAGAUCCAAACUUGCCAAGUGUUUAAGAAUGGAACAGUCAGUUCACUGUCUGCGGGAUCCAUAGACAUCAAGUUGCCUGAGAAAUUGGUUACGAAGGAAGUAACUGUGAGUGUCUCACAGUUACUUGAUGGAGGUAAAGGGAAGACGGUUAGAACGAUGUCUAUCAUGGAAAAGAUGGUGACUGUGUCUACUAGUACAGCAAAUGUAUCAAUGUCUGGAAGUGUAGUGGUGGUCAAGUUGCCUGACAACAAGAUGAGUGUGAAACUGGUUAGAAAGGGUGUACCAGUAAGAGUGAACGUCGCACUUGAUGAAGGUAAUGUGAGUAUGACUGCUAGCAGGAUGAACGGAUCGGUGUCUAUCAUGGAAAAGACGGUGACCAUGUUAACCAGAAAAUCAGAUGUGCCAACGUCUGGUAAUGAAGUGUUUAUCUUCAAGGAUAAGACAAAGACACUAUUGUCAGUUAAUAAACAGCGGAAAUGA